CUGACAGGGGGCGGGUCCACAGGGGCCCAGAGGGAACAAGAGCUCUCCAGAGGGGUCCAGAGGGGACUAGAGGGGUAGAGAGGGGUUCAGGCCCGGAGGGUUAGGUCUGGGUUCAGAACCAAUUUAAGGGACUUAAUGAAGUUUUUAAACCGUUUUCCUGCUUUAAAUCAGGGUUCUCGCCAGGAUUUUUUUUCAGCGUAACGGCAGGUCCUCCUGCACGCGCGUUCGCACAAUAGACGGGAACGGGUCAAUGGACAGGAAAGUACGGCUGAGGUGGGGAGACAUAAAUUAACCUAGAUAGGCACCCAGUCGAUAAAAACAAACACACAUGGCGUUAUCUGUCAAAAUAACAGCAGCGGCCCUAAUCACAGUGUUAACCCUUCCUGUUCGGCCCGACCGUGGUCAGGAAGCCCGGGGUUAACCCCCUUCACUUCAUCAGCAGCCGUAGAGGCAAAGACACUGGAGCCCAGCCGUAUCGAAGAACACUGCAGCCUUUAUUGUCUAUAAACAGUGGCUGAACCGCACAGUACCGCCAACCAGCAACUACACACCUCUCCACCUCUACCGACUGCACAGACUGCCGUCUCUCUCCCCCUCCCUCCCACACACACACUGCUCUCUCUCCCUCUCUCAUGACGGAGCCACACACUCUCAUAACAACAGCGUAAUCUUUGAAAUGCGCUGGUGUAGCGGCCCUAAUCACAGCGUAAUCUUUUAAACUGAGCGUAACGGCCCGUUAGACAGUGUAACGGCCCGUUACGCUGAAAUGCGCUGGCGAGAACCCUGUAAAUGUCUGAAAUCAGCUUCAGUUCUGGUUAAUUUUCUCUGAACUGAGAGUUUUUUGGAUUUCAGGUCCGUUAGAUGGAGACCAGCAGUUAUUGAGUUAAUUAAAGUUAAUAAUGACCAGCUGUUGAUUAAAGUUAAUUAUGACCAGCUGUUUAUUAAUCUAUUGAAAUUCUUCUAUAUGAAUAUUUUCUGGUUUCAGUAAACUGAACAUUUAAGGAACUUUCAUCCACAUUUGAUUAUUUUCUGAUGUUUUAUUGUCUGGAAAUAAUCCAGAACUUGAUCCACAAUAACAAAUGUUUUAUUUACAGCCCUAAUACAUGCUGACAAGUCAUGUCAACAUGAAGCCCAACCUCAUUUCAAUCCAAAGAAGACGGAAUAAUCCACAGCUCUUUAAAUAAUCAUGUUUUUAAGGAAAAAUAUAAAAAGCAUCACAUCAGGUUUCACAAAUAACCCAGAAAAUAACCAUAAGCUGCAGUGUUUUGAUGACCUUUUAUGCAAAAAUCCUGAAAACGCCCAAAUGAUUCGUGGUUCCAGCUUUUUAGAUGAACAGAUCUGCUGCUUUUCUCUCACUAACUGGAUCUGAUGGUGUUUUAGAUGUUGGAUCGAAUAAAAUGAGACGUUUGGAGGUACUGGUCCCUCUGUUAGUGGCUCCGAGUAUUAGUUUUAUAUGAUUUUUGAUAAUAUUGAGGUUAGUGAGGAUUUUAUGGAUUAAUAUUCAGGUUAGUGAUGAUUUAGUCUGUUAGAAUCCAUGUUUUUAACACUUAGUGUCAGGUUAUUGGGACUUUUGUGUGUUAAUAUUGAGGCUGUUUUGCGUAAAGUUAAAUUAAAUGAGACUUUCUUCAUCGUGUGUGCUCAUAAACUGAUUGUGUUGAGUUUUUAAACAGUUCCUGGUCAUGUUUCAGCUCUGUUUCGGCUGCUGAUGUCUGACAUCAGAUGAACUGAUCUGAGUCUAGUUCCAGUGACUUGCAGUUUGCUGCGACCUGCAGCUGCAGCUCUGCAGCUUCUUGAUGUUCUGUGGUAGGAUUAGCAUGUAAAUCCAUCAGACGGAUAAAAGAGGCCUUAAUGUAUUCAUUAGUUUUAUUUAAAUCAGGACCUCCGUCUUUCCUGCUCUUCUCUCUUGGGUUCUAUUCAUGGAAACUCUUCCUGUUUGAUCCGCUGCAGAUUAAAGUGUCGCCGAGCAGGAGGCUGAAGGAACCGUUCUCACAUAGAACCGGGUUCCUGGAGCUCUGAGGGAACCGUUCUCCUCCACUAUGUUCUGGGUGUUUCUGACAGAAAAGUAUCAGACUUUAGAUCUGAUGUGUUCCAGUACCUAUACAGUCUGUAGUGGACGUCCCCACAUGGUCUGUAGUGGACGUCUUAACCCAGUCUGUAGUGGACGUCUUAACCCGGUCUGUAGUGGACGUCUUAACCCGGUCUGUAGUGGACGUCCCCACAUGGUCUGUAGUGGACGUCCCCACAUGGUCUGUAGUGGACGUCCCCACAUGGUCUGUAGUGGACGUCCCCACAUGGUCUGUAGUGGACGUCCCCACAUGGUCUGUAGUGGACGUCCCCACAUGGUCUGUAGUGGACGUCCCCACAUGGUCUGUAGUGGACGUCCCCACAUGGUCUGUAGUGGACGUCCCCACAUGGUCUGUAGUGGACGUCCCCACAUGGUCUGUAGUGGACGUCCCCACAUGGUCUGUAGUGGACGUCUUAACCCAGUCUGUAGUGGACGUCCCCACAUGGUCUGUAGUGGACGUCCCCACAUGGUCUGUAGUGGAUCAGAAAACACUGGGGGGGUUCCAACAAAGAUUUCCCAAGAAGUGAUGCUGAGGAUUUUUCCUGGAUUUGUUUCUGUGGCAGCCAGAAAUCACAGCAGUGGAAGUUGAAGGAGUAAACUCCAGCAGAUCUGUGUUAUCUGUGUUAAAACCUCCUAAAGCUGGAAGUUCUUCAUCUGACGGGUUAAACAGCUGCUUCAACCAGCUGGGUUCAUGGUUUCAUUCUCAACACAUUUAGUUCUAACCCAACACGUAGAGCAGUUCAAUCAGCACAUCUCUCAGCUUAAAUUCAGAAAUCAGAAAGUUUCAUGUGUUUUCCACUGCAGGAACCUUCAUGAACUUCAGUGUGUUGAGAGCUAAAGUAGUCCUUAAACCGCUUCAACAUGCUCAGUUUCCCUGCUGUAACUGUGGAAAUAAUCCGUCUGGAUUCUGCAGAACAUAUUUAAUGUGAGACCGGAAGCAGUUUAUUCCUGUAGAGCUGCUGGUACGACACCAACGCCUGAAACAUCAUAAGGGCUGGUUCCAUGUCUGAGCUGUGUCUGCAGUGGUUUCAUCAGAAUUAUUCUCUAAGAUUUAAAGCUGGUUCCUCAUUUAUUCCAGCUGAUGUUUUAUUUACCUGUCAGGUCUGGGACCGUUACGCUUUCAUUGUUGUGUCUGAAUUAAGACAGGAGUCCAGUUAAUGAGCUGAGAGGAUUUAAUUAGAGCUUCAGGAUUUUAUCUGGUCAUAAAACUGUACAAGCAGAGUUUUAUUCUGAAGUUCAGACGUGAUUCUGAGCUCUGUAGUCAGAGAACCGGUUCUCCAAAUCCACAGAGGAACGCAGAGCUGGACCGGGUUCAACGGAUGAUUAAUGCAUCAGGUACCAAACACAAAGCAGCUUCUGUUGUUCAGCUGCUGGUCCAGACCUCGUUGUUUCAGAUAGGAGGGUCCUAAGAUCAGCUGCAGCCCUGCAGCAUUAAACGCUGCAUGUGGCAUUAAACGCUGCAUGUGGCAUUAAACGCUGCACGAGGCAUUAAACGCUGCACGGGGCAUUAAACGCUGCACGAGGCAUUAAACGCUGCACGGGGCAUUAAACGCUGCAUGUGGCAUUAAACGCUGCAUGUGGCAUUAAACGCUGCACGUGGCAUUAAACGCUGCAUGUGGCAUUAAACGCUGCACGGGGCAUUAAACGCUGCACGUGGCAUUAAACGCUGCACGAGGCAUUAAACGCUGCACGGGGCAUUAAACGCUGCACGGGGCAUUAAACGCUGCACGGGGCAUUAAACGCUGCACGGGGCAUUAAAUGCUGCAUGAACGCUGCAUGGGGCAUUAAACGCUGCACGGGGGCAUUAAACGCUGCACGUGGCAUUAAACGCUGCACGUGGCAUUAAACGCUGCACGGGGCAUUAAACGCUGCACGAGGCAUUAAACGCUGCACGGGGCAUUAAACGCUGCACGGGGCAUUAAACGCUGCACGAGGCAUUAAACGCUGCACGAGGCAUUAAACGCUGCACGGGGCAUUAAACGCUGCACGGGGCAUUAAACGCUGCACGGGGCAUUAAACGCUGCACGGGGCAUUAAACGCUGCACGGGGCAUUAAACGCUGCAUGAACGCUGCAUGGGGCAUUAAACGCUGCACGGGGGCAUUAAACGCUGCACGUGGCAUUAAACGCUGCACGUGGCAUUAAACGCUGCACGUGGCAUUAAACGCUGCACGGGGCAUUAAACGCUGCACGGGGCAUUAAACGCUGCAUGUGGCAUUAAACGCUGCAUGAACGCUGCACGGGGCAUUAAACGCUGCACGGGGCAUUAAACGCUGCACGGGGCAUUAAACGCUGCACGGGGCAUUAAACGCUGCAUGGGGGCAUUAAACGCUGCAUGGGGCAUUAUUAAACGCUGCAUGGGGCAAUAAACGCAUGGGGCAUUAAACGCUGCAUUUGGCAUUAAACGCUGCAUUUGGCAUUAAAGGCUGCCUGGGGCAUUAAAGGCUGCCUGGGGCAUUAAAGGCUGCCUGGGGCAUUAAACGCUGCACGGGGCAUUAAACGCUGCAUGGGGCAUUAUUAAACGCUGCAUGGGGCAAUAAACACAUGGGGCAUUAAACGCUGCAUUUGGCAUUAAACGCUGCAUGGGGCAUUAAGGGCUGCAUGGGGCAUUAAAGGCUGCAUGGGGCAUUAAACGCUGCAUGUGGCAAUAAACGCUGCAUGGGGCAUUAAACGCUGCAUGUGGCAAUAAACGCUGCAUGGGGCAUUAAACGCUGCACGGGGGCAUUAAACGCUGCACGGGGGCAUUAAACGCUGCAUGGGGGCAUUAAACGCUGCAUGGGGGCAUUAAACGCUGCAUGGGGCAAUAAACGCUGCAUGGGGCAUUAAACGCUGCAUGGGGCAUUAAACGCUGCAUGUGGCAAUAAACGCUGCAUGGGGGCAUUAAACGCUGCAUGGAGCAUUAAAGGCUGCAUGGGGCAUUAAAGGCUACAUGGGGCAUUAAAGGCUGCAUGUGGCAUUAAACGCUGCAUGGGGCAAUAAACGCUGCAUGGGGCAUUAAACGCUGCAUGGGGCAUUAAACGCUGCACGGGGCAUUAAACGCUGCACGGGGCAUUAAACGCUGCACGGGGCAUUAAACGCUGCACGAGGCAUUAAACGCUGCACGGGGCAAUAAACGCUGCAUGAACGCUGCAUGGGGCAUUAAACGCUGCACGGGGGCAUUAAACGCUGCACGGGGGCAUUAAACGCUGCAUGGGGGCAUUAAACGCUGCAUGGGGCAUUAAACGCUGCAUGAGGCAAUAAACGCAUGGGGCAUUAAACGCUGCAUUUGGCAUUAAAGGCUGCAUGGGGCAUUAAAGGCUGCAUGGGGCAUUAAACGCUGCAUGGGGCAUUAAACGCUGCAUGUGGCAUUAAAGGCUGCAUGUGGCAUUAAAGGCUGCAUGUGGCAUUAAAGGCUGCAUGUGGCAUUAAACGCUGCAUGGGGCAUUAAACGCUGCAUGUGGCAAUAAACGCUGCAUGGGGGCAUUAAACGCUGCAUGGAGCAUUAAAGGCUGCAUGGGGCAUUAAAGGCUGCAUGGGGCAUUAAAGGCUGCAUGGGGCAUUAACGCUGCAUGUGGCAAUAAACACUGCAUGGGGCAUUAACGCUGCACGGGGCAUUAAACGCUGCACGAGGCAUUAAACGCUGCACGGAGCAAUAAACGCUGCAUGAACGCUGCAUGGGGCAUUAAACGCUGCAUGGGGCAUGCAGCGUUUAAUGCCCCAUGCAGCGUGAAGCUGAUUCAGCCUCAGAGCUUCUUAAAUUGGUUUUACUGUUUAUUUUUAUUAUCUAGAAUUCUGUAUUUAGACCUGACGUCAUCACAAACAGUUUGUUCCCAAAUCUUGUUUUCUGUCUUCUUCUUGUCAUUUUCUUGUGUUUCUGCUUCUCGCUGGUUCUUUAUUCAUUGGAGAAUCUUUCAGUAAAUUUGGUAGAAUAAGUGAUUUUCUUAAUCACGUUUCUGAUCUUAUUUUAUGUUAUUUUCUUCAGGAACCUGCAGCUGGUUUCUGUUUUUUAAAGAAGCCUUCAGACCUGCAGGUUUCAGGUUGAUGAUCCAGACAAUAAAAAUGUGGCUGUAUUCAGACGUUUCCAUGGAGACGUCCUCUCUGAUGGUUCUGGUCUCCUCAGAUUUAUGUACUGGACUGACUGGGGUGAGAUUCCAAAGAUUGAGCGGGCCGGUAUGGACGGGACCAACCGCUCCAUGAUCAUCGAUAAGGAGAUCUACUGGCCCAACGGACUGACGCUGGACUACGGCCAGCAGAAGCUCUACUGGGCCGACGCCAAACACAACUUUAUCCACCGCUGCAACCUGGACGGGACCUCCAGGGAGGUGGUGGUGAAAGGGGAGCUGCCUCACCCCUUUGCCCUCACCCUGUACGAGGACACGCUGUUCUGGACCGACUGGAACACCCACUCCAUCCACUCCUGCAGGAAGCAGACCGGCGCCGAGCAACGGGUCGUCCACUCGGACAUCUUCUCCCCCAUGGACAUCCACGUGUUCAGCACCAAGAGGCAGCCUGACCCAGUGAGCAGCUCCUGUUCCCUGAAUAACGGAGGAUGUUCCCACCUCUGCCUGCUGUCUCCGGUGAAGCCCUUCCACCAGUGUGCCUGUCCCACCGGAGUCCAGCUGCUGGAGGACGGACGGACCUGCAGAGACGGUGCGACCCAGAUGCUGCUUCUUGCCCGGCGAACCGACUUGCGACGAAUCUCUUUGGACACGCCCGACUUCACCGACAUCAUCCUGCAGGUGGACGACAUCCGGCACGCCAUUGCCAUCGACUACGACCCGGUGGAGGGCUACAUCUACUGGACGGACGACGACGUGAAGGCCAUCCGCCGCUCACUGCUGGACGGCAGCGACGCCCAGUUCGUGGUCACGUCGCAGGUCAACCAUCCUGACGGCAUCGCCGUGGACUGGAUCGCCAGGAAUCUGUACUGGACCGACACCGGCACCGACCGCAUCGAGGUGACCCGGCUCAACGGGACCAUGAGGAAGAUCCUGAUCUCCGAGGACCUGGACGAGCCCAGGGCCAUCGUACUGGACCCUGUGGCCGGGUACAUGUACUGGACCGACUGGGGCGAGGUUCCGAAGAUCGAGCGGGCCGACCUGGACGGGAUGGAGCGGGUGGUGAUGGUCAACACGUCUCUGGGGUGGCCCAACGGACUGGCCCUAGACUACGACCAACGGAAGAUCUACUGGGGGGACGCCAAGACGGACAAGAUCGAGGUGAUGAACAUGGACGGGUCGGGUCGACGGGUUCUGGUGGAGGACAAACUUCCUCACAUCUUCGGCUUCACGCUGCUAGGCGACUACAUCUACUGGACCGACUGGCAGCGCCGCAGCAUCGAACGUGUCCACAAACGCAGCGCCGAGCGCGAGUUCAUCAUUGACCAGCUACCUGACCUCAUGGGCCUGAAGGCCACCUACGUCCACAAGACCUUCGGUACCAACCCCUGUGCGGAGAACAACGGCGGCUGCAGCCACCUCUGCCUCUACAAGCCUCAGGGCGUCCAGUGUGGCUGCCCCAUCGGUCUGGAGCUCAUCGCCGACAUGAGGACUUGCAUCGUCCCCGAGGCCUUCCUGCUGUUUUCCCGCCACACCGACAUCCGAAGGAUCUCCCUGGAAACCAACAACAACAACGUGGCUAUCCCACUGACUGGCGUCAAGGAGGCGUCGGCGCUCGACUUUGACGUCACCGACAACCGAAUCUACUGGACCGACAUCACGCUGAAGACCAUCAGCCGGGCCUUCAUGAACGGCAGCGCUCUAGAACACGUGGUGGAGUUUGGUCUGGACUACCCAGAGGGAAUGGCAGUGGACUGGUUGGGGAAGAACCUGUACUGGGCCGACACUGGCACCAACCGAAUCGAGGUGGCCAAACUGGAUGGGCAGCACCGGCAGGUUUUGGUAUGGAAGGACCUGGACAGUCCUCGGGCUCUGGCUUUGGAUCCCGCUGAAGGGUACAUGUACUGGACCGAGUGGGGUGGGAAGCCUAAGAUCGACCGAGCGGCGAUGGACGGUACCGGUCGCAUCACGCUGGUGGCCGAUGUGGGCCGAGCCAACGGACUGACCAUCGACUACGCAGAGCGACGGCUGUAUUGGACUGACCUGGACACAACACUGAUCGAGUCCUCCAACAUGCUGGGUCAGGACCGGGAGGUGAUCGCCGACGACCUGCCCCACCCAUUCGGACUCACCCAGUACCAGGACUACAUCUACUGGACAGACUGGAGCCAGCGCAGCAUCGAACGGGCCAACAAGACCAGCGGUCAGAACCGGACGGUGAUCCAGGGCCACCUGGACUAUGUCAUGGACAUCCUGGUGUUCCAUUCGUCCAGACAGGGCGGCUGGAACGCCUGCGCCUCCACCAACGGUCACUGCUCCCACCUCUGCCUCGCCGUCCCUGUCAGCAGCUUUGUCUGCGGAUGCCCUGCCCACUUCUCCUUAAACUACGACAAUAAGACCUGCAGUGCUCCGACGUCAUUCCUGCUGUUCAGCCAGAAGAUGGCGAUCAAUCGGAUGGUGAUCGACGAGCAGCAGAGUCCCGACAUCAUCCUGCCGAUCCACAGCCUAAGGAAUGUCCGAGCUAUCGACUACGACCCGCUGGACAAGCAGCUGUACUGGAUUGACUCCAAGCAGAACGUGAUCCGCCGGGCUCAGGAGGAUGGGAACCAGAGUAUGACGGUGGUGUCCAGCUCCCUAUCUGGACCCAACCAGGGUCUUCAGCUCUACGAUCUGAGCAUCGACAUCUACAGCCGCUUCAUCUACUGGACCAGCGAGGUGACCAACGUGAUCAACGUGACCAGAACUGACGGCAGCCGGGUCGGAGUAGUUCUGAGGGGAGAACACGACAAACCCAGAGCCAUCGUGGUCAACCCGGAGAGAGGGUACAUGUACUUCACCAACCUGCUGGAGCGGUCUCCUAAGAUCGAGCGGGCGGCGCUGGACGGGACAGAGCGAGAGGUUUUGUUCUUCAGCGGCCUGGGGAAACCUGUGGCCCUGGCCAUCGACAACGAGGUGGGGAAGCUGUUCUGGGUGGACUCAGACCUGCGACGCAUCGAGAGCAGCGACCUCUCUGGAGCCAACCGGAUCGUGAUUGCCGACUCCAACAUCCUGCAGCCGGUGGGGUUGACGGUGUUCGGGAACCACCUAUACUGGAUCGACAAGCAGCAGCAGAUGAUCGAACGCAUCGACAAGACCACCAGGGAGGGCCGCACCAAGAUCCAGGCCCGGAUCGCCUACCUGAGCGACAUCCACGCCGUCCACGAACUGGACAUGAGGGAGUACGGUAAACACCCCUGUACUUGGGACAACGGAGGCUGCUCACACAUCUGCAUUGUCAAGGGAGAUGGGACCACCCGCUGCUCCUGUCCCGUCCACUUGGUCCUGCUGCCGGACGAGCUGUCCUGUGGAGAGCCCCCGACCUGUUCUCCAGAGCAGUUCUCCUGUACCUCCGGGGAGGUGGACUGCAUCCCUCAGGCCUGGAGGUGUGACGGUUAUCCAGAGUGUGACGACAGCAGCGACGAGGAGGAUUGUCCCGUCUGCUCUGAGUCCGAGUUCCAGUGUGACAGUCGGCAGUGCAUCGACCUGAGCCUCCGCUGCAACGGAGAGAUCAACUGUCAGGACCGGUCCGAUGAGAACAAGUGUGAAGUUCGAUGUCCUGCUGAUCAGUUCACCUGCUCCAACGGUCAGUGCGUCGGGAAACACAAGAAAUGCGACCACAACAUGGACUGUACCGACAACUCUGACGAGAUCGGCUGCUACCCGACCGAGGAGCCUCCUCAGCCCCCCAACAACACCAUCAGCUCCAUCGUGGGCGUAGUCAUGGCACUGUUCGUGGUGGGAGCCAUCUACUUCGUCUGUCAGCGCGUCCUCUGUCCUCAGAUGAAGGACGACGGGGAGACGGUCACCAACGACUUCGUGGUCCACGGUCCGUCCUCGGUGCCCCUCGGCUACGUCCCCCAUCCCAGCUCUCUGUCCAGCUCUCUGCCAGGUAUGUCCAGAGGGAAGUCUGUGAUUGGCUCCUUCAGCAUCAUGGGUGGCAGCGGCGGGCCUCCGUACGACCGAGCUCACGUCACUGGAGCUUCGUCCAGCAGCUCGUCCAGCACCAAAGGAACCUACUUCCCCCCGAUCCUGAAUCCUCCUCCGUCUCCGGCUACAGUCCGCUCUCAGUACACCGUGGAGUUCGGUUACUCCUCCAACAGUCCGUCCACCCACCGCUCCUACAGCUACCGGCCCUACACUUACCGCCACUUUGCCCCGCCCACCACGCCAUGCAGCACCGACGUGUGCGACAGCGACUACACGCCGGGCCGCCGGGCGCCGCUGAAGGCUAAAGGCUACACCAGCGACCUGAACUACGACUCGGAGCCGUUCCCGCCGCCGCCCACGCCUCGCAGCCAGUACCUGUCGGCCGAGGAGAACUGCGAGAGCUGCCCGCCGUCGCCUUACACCGAGAGGAGCUACUCCCACCACCUGUACCCGCCGCCGCCCUCACCGUGCACGGACUCCUCAUGAGCCACGCCCCCUCCAAGCUCCGCCCCCUCACUGUAAAUAGCAAUUGUGCAUAAAUGAGGUCAAAAAUGGGAAAGAGAGACUGAAGACGAGGAAAAGGGAAGCCGCAGAACAUUUGUACAUUAAAGAGAAACAUAUUUAUAUAUUUUCUAUACAGUGUUUACUGACGAUAGAGGUUUGUAGCCACAAAUUUGUACAUUUUUUAAGAAAAGGUUUUAUUAAAAUCAUCACAAAUAUAAGUUGCCUUAAAGCAGGAGAACGAGGUUGAAGGACUCCGACCAGCGGGACGUUUAUGUGAUGCCAAAUAGACUGGAGGCUCCGCCCACCGCGGCAGGAGGCUCCGCCCACUGCUGCACCACGGCGGCCAUGUUGUCUGUAGUUUCCAGGCGGUUGUGGCUCUCUGGUUAGAAUUUACCUCCUCCUCUUUCACCGACGGCUCGCAGGGCAUCGUCCGGACAGGAAGUGAAUCGCUCUGAGCAUGAGCAAUAAGGCACAUAUUGAUCCGUCGAUAGGUCCAUUGAUCGGUUGAUUGAUCAGCUGAUUGGAGCUGCUGAACUGUAUGGAGGCCAGAGAGGACGACAGCAAAACGUUCUUCUGGACGUACAACUAACUACACGAAAUACUAGAUAACUCAUGAUGAACUGUUAGUCUCAGAAGUUUGCUGUUAUAAACUACAAAUACCACAAACUUAGUUUAGUUCACCGUCAACUACACAAUGUACUACAGAUUGUAUACUAAAAACUACACUUUAUGACCUAAACUACUAGUUACCCCCGAGAACUAGAGCUGCUACCUUCAUUCUAAACUACAAACCGACUUAGACUACAAACUGGUUUAAGCUACAGACUGGUUUAAACUACAGCCCAGUUUAAACUACAGACCGGUUUAAACUACAGACCGGUUUAAACUACAGACUGGUUUAAACUACAGACCGGUUUAAACUACAGACUGGUUUAAACUACAAACCAACUUAAACUACAGACUGGUUUAAACUACAGACCGGUUUAAACUACAGACUGGUUUAAACUACAAACCAACUUAAACUACAGACCGGUUUAAACUACAAACCAACUUAAACUACAGACUGGUUUAAACUACAGACCGGUUUAAACUACAAACCAACUUAAACUACAGACCGGUUUAAACUACAAACCAACUUAAACUACAGACUGGUUUAAACUACAGACCGGUUUAAACUACAGACUGGUUUAAACUACAGACUGGUUUAAACUACAGACUGGUUUAAACUACAGACUGGUUUAAACUACAGACCAGUUUAAACUACAGACUGGUUUAAACUACAGACCGGUUUAAACUACAGACUGGUUUAAACUACAGACCGGUUUAAACUACAGACCGGUUUAAACUACAGACUGGUUUAAACUACAGACCGGUUUAAACUACAGACUGGUUUAAACUACAGACCGGUUUAAACUACAGAUCGGUUUAAACUACAAACCAACUUAAACUACAGACUGGUUUAAACUACAGACCGGUUUAAACUACAAACCAACUUAAACUACAGACCGGUUUAAACUACAAACCAACUUAAACUACAGACUGGUUUAAACUACAGACCGGUUUAAACUACAGACUGGUUUAAACUACAGACUGGUUUAAACUACAGACUGGUUUAAACUACAGACCGGUUUAAACUACAGACUGGUUUAAACUACAGACCGGUUUAAACUACAGACUGGUUUAAACUACAGACCGGUUUAAACUACAGACUGGUUUAAACUACAAACCAACUUAAACUACAGACCGGUUUAAACUACAAACCAACUUAAACUACAGACUGGUUUAAACUACAGACCGGUUUAAACUACAGACUGGUUUAAACUACAGACUGGUUUAAACUACAAACCAACUUAAACUACAGACCGGUUUAAACUACAGACCGACUGAAACUACGUCAUUAACCUCCAGGUGUUUGUGCUCUUGUCCCCUUCAGGCCUCCGUACUCGGCAGUAAAUCACUAAAACGAGUCGUCGGUUUUUGUUCUCAUUCAAACUGACUGAAGCUGAGUCCUUCGGCUCUCGCCUCGUCCUGUUUUUGCGUUCGGAUCCGUUUGGUGGUGCCGAGGAGGCGGCGUUCCACCGGAACUCAAUCUUGUGCCUGACCAGUUCCUCAGCUCCGUACGAUUUUUUAUGUUUGAGGACGCGGCGCCCACUAAAUGCUCCGUAGUAUUUUUGUACCACAUAUUGUGUAGAUACGUAUUUAUAAGCUAUAUAGAAAAUCCCUGUAAAUCUAUCAUUGCAGUACUUUUCAUUCCGUCUUUUUUAUAUUGCCUCAUUAUAUUUUUCUACAGAAUAUCAGUCAAACGUACGGCGACAAUCUCCCAUCAGUCCUCCGUAGAACCGAUCCAGGUUUAGCUUCAUGAAUCUGAGCUUUGAAGGACUUUGGUGCCAAAAGAAUCUUUUUCAAACAUCUGGAGGCAGAAGUUGGGACCAGAGUCUGUCUUUGUGACGACCACAAUCUGUUUCUGAAGUUUCCUCAGAUGUUCGUUUUGCUGUUCGGCUCCUGAAAAAACACCAGCAUGAAUCUGAAGACAAUCUGAAGCUUCAAACGACGUUUCACUCAUUUACAACAUCUGAACAUCUAAACUCUUCAUCUGGAGAAAUAUGUUCCACCACAAACAUCAGAGACUUUGUUAGAUUCUCACUUCAUGUUUCUGAGUUUAUGUAUGGAAACCAAAGCCUGCCCGUAUUUUAGAUGUUCUACAUCUGAAGAAUUUCUCUGCAAAACUCUGAGAAGUUCAACGUGAAGAAGAGCUGAAGAUCAUGAAGUUCAUAAACCAUCAAGGCAGAAGAUCAGAGGUUCAAGUUAAAGCCGUAAAUCAGACACUCAGCUGUUUUAGAUCGCCCUCUGAGAUGAAUUUAACUUUUUAAUCUCUAGAAAAGAUCCUUUCAUCAACGAUCUUCUGAAAGAUGUUUUUCUCUCAUCACACCGUCUCUGAUCACGUUUAAUGGCAAAAUCUAAUGACACAAUGAUGGAUUUGGUUUCAAACGUUCGAACGUCGCGUUAAAUAUUUAGUCAGAGGUUUGAAGACAUUUUUAGUUUGUGAAGACGGUAAUUCUGGACUGUCUGGGUCUCCAUAGAUGAGUUUUGGACAAACGGUGAAAUAGUCCUUAAUUCUGUUUCCAACCAUCACAUCGUCCUGUAUGGAAGCCUAGAGAGUCCCUAAAGACAAAACGUUUGUAGAGUCCUGAGGAUCUUCGCUGCUGAAACGUGAAGCUUUCCGUCUUUGAGGCCUUCAGAGAAUCAAAACGUUUUUCACCCGAACACAAACCACCAAAAACCAGCGCCGAAGCCAAAGUCCAGCCGAUGUCGGACAUGUUUUUUUGGCUCCCCGCUGCCUCUGUACGGCCUCCAGGUGUGCACACCUGAGAGCUUCUUGUGGUACAAUCACCUCACUGAUCUUUGUGGGACAAGUUCUCGUUUCCUGACUGCACUUUAUGGAACUUUCUGAGCAGAUUCGGUACAAAAACCGUGUGAAGUUUGGACGUCUUCAGGGGAACAGUCGAUUGUCGCGAACUUUGUGGGUCAAAAACGUCCUCUGGGUUCUGGAGCUGCAAGUUUUAUUCGUCUGUAAACUCAAAAACUGUCUUUAUUGUUUAGUUUUUUUCUUGUGAAUCUGUUUCUGUGUGAAAAUCAAACAAAAAUCAAAGUUAAAUGUAAAAAACUGGAAUCAGAGUUUCAUGUUCUGAUGCUCCAGCAGGAGUUAAAGGAAUAAUCGAUGAUGUGAAGAAAUUUUACUGCAAAACUCAAACUAAAGCCAAAUCAGUCCCGAUGCAAUCCUGUUCUGACAUUUGCUGUGUUUUUGUGCGUUUUGUGAGGAGUUGUGGGUCGAUCGGCCCCAAAACGUGGAUUUAAUCCGAAACCGAAGUAGUUCAGGUCUGAUUCUGUUCAUCUGACGGGAGUUCAGCAGAUGAGUAAAACCGGACAGUUUGAGAUGCACGUGGAUGAAAAGGCUGCAGGAAGUAGAAAUGUUUUUUAAAAAAAGGUAAUAUUUUCAAAUUAAAAGCACUUUUGUCUCCAGGUUUGUGGACAGGAAACGGUUUGUUGUUGGUCUCAUGGUGCUUCGUGGAGACGAGCCGUCGGUUCGUCUCGUUUUAAUUUCCACUACUUGUUGUUUUGUACGAUGCUUUGUGUAAACAUCGAUGGACCUGUACAGCCAUCAGCUGCCACCAUAAGCUGUUGUAACCCAUUCAUGCUGAUUCUUUUCUUUUUGUUAAAUAUAAAGUGAGUGAACUUUUA